UCUACUUCACAACUCAACCUCAUUCAUCGAACAGAUCCUCUCUCUCUCUCUCUCUCUCUCUCUCUCUCUCUCUCCAUAUCUAAUCCAAUGUUUCUUCCAACUUUCGGCGACCCGCCGACCGAAUUCCAAGCCCUAAAAAAGCAGCCUAAAUCCCCACACCUUGAAUCCACAGUAAGAUCAUUCCUCUCCCACCUUACUCCAAUCCGUCGCAGUUUAGCCUUCGUCGUAAUCCUUUUCCAAGUACUCCUCGGUUUAUACCUCACUCGCACCUACCAUCUCUCUCGAUUCGAAUCCCCUAAACCAACGCCGGCAUCUCAAGCCGGAGAAUCUAGGAUAGUGUUAGAUGUCUCCUCGGAAACGCGCGGCAGCUUGCGGAACGAAGGCGUAUUGAAUAUCACUUCCAACACUUACGGCAGCUUGCCAAACAAAGACGUGCUAAAUAUCACGUCCAAAACUUACGACAGCUUGCCAAACAAAGGCUGCGAAUCUGGUCAGAUUUACGUCUAUGAUCUCCCCCCGAUGUUCAAUUACGAUCUCAUCAACGAUUGCAACGAAUUAGACCCGUGGGAUAACAAAUGCAACACAAGUUUGAACGACGGUUUUGGACCGGAGGCCAAAGAGCUCGCCAAGAUCGUACCGGAGAGUAUUCUCCCGGCGUGGUACCAGACCGAUCUUUUUUGGGGCGAGGUGGUGUACCACAAUCGGAUGCUGAAUUACAAGUGCCGAACCCUAGAGCCAGAAUCCGCUACGGCUUUCUACAUACCGUUUUAUGCUGGGCUCGCGGUGACAAAAUACUUGUGGGGCAACUAUACCGGUAGAGAACGCGAUCGGCAUUGUGAGAUGUUGAUUAAGUGGGUCCAGGAACAGAAAUGGUGGAAUAGGUCGAAAGGCUACAAUCAUUUCAUCAUGCUUGGACGGAUGACAUGGGAUUUCCGACGGUUGAGAGAGGCAGAUGGCGAUUGGGGGUCCAGCUUCCUCCAUAUGCCGGAGAUGAAGAACGUCAUCCGUCUAUCCGUCGAGCGAAACAUGUGGGAAAACCUUGAAAUCGGUGUACCCUACCCCACCGCAUUUCAUCCCAGGUCAGAAUCCGAUAUUACCGAGUGGCAGAAAUUCGUCCGGAGCCGUCGCCGGAACCACCUCUUCACCUUCGUCGGCGGCGCUCGCAAAUCAAUCAAGAACGAUUUCCGUGGGAUUUUACGGAACCAAUGCCUCAACAAGCCAACCUCAUGCCGCCACAUGGAUUGCGGCCAGAAGAAAAACUGCGCCGACGGGACGACGGGGAUCAUGGCAGCGUUUCUCGACUCCAAUUUUUGUCUCCAGCCGAGGGGGGAUGGAUUCACGCGGCGGUCGGUUUUCGACUGCAUGUUGGCCGGUUCGAUACCGGUUUUUUUCUGGAGACGGACAGCUUACUUGCAGUACGAGUUGUUCUUGCCAAGUGACACCGAGAGUUACUCGGUUUUCAUACACCGCGACGACGUGCGUAACGGGACAGAUAUAAGGAAAGUGUUGAAAGGGUAUGGGAGGGAGGAAGUGAAACGAAUGAGAGAGAAAGUAAUAGAAUAUAUACCGAGGUUUGUGUAUGCAAAAUCAAGUACGGGGUUAGAGAAUACAAGAGACGCUUUCGAUAUUGCUAUUGAUGGGGUAUUGAGCAAAUACAAGGAUCAGAUGAAGAGUAGUAGGAUUGGAACUAGCUAGUUGAAAAGAAACAUGACGAGUGUGAUUAAAAUGUACACAUUAAUUUUUCAGGACUUCGAUCUAUCUCCUUGUUAUGCAUGCAUGUUUUCUAAUUAGUUCGUUUAAUUAUUUAGUUCGCCUAGUUUUGUAACCUACAUGAAGCCAUGUUAGGGCUUUUGUUUUCAUGAAACGAAAGAGAAUGGAAUGAAUAGGUUCUUGAGCUUCUAGCA